AUGUCUGCAAUUAGCGGUAAUUCCAACAUUAUUAUAGAUCAUCCACGCGAGCCUCUACAUUUGUUAUCUCUAAGAGUUAUGAGACAAGCAAAUUCUUUAACAAGCAAAGAAGCCGGGAAUAGGUCACAGGCGGAAACCUUGGAUUCAAAAGUGUCACCUUCAAGAAUUUACAUGAGUGACCUUAGCGAAAGCGAAUUUUUGUCUCCAUCCUCAAUAUCUUCUAACUCGAUUGAUAAUAUUUAUUUAGGUGCAACUUUUGACAGUUACCUUAUUGUAAACAAUGAUUCAACUUUUGUUGCACGCAAUAUCGGUAUUAAGGCCGAACUUCAAACGAGUUCACAACGGUUACAAUUGGCGGAUACUUCUUCCAAACCGAUUCCAAUUGCUGAACCACUUAAAGCAUGUGAAUUUGUGAUAAGGCAUGAGAUCAAAGAGUUGGGUUUACAUAACUUAGUAUGUAUGGUUCAAUAUACAACAGAUGAAGGGGUUAAAAGGAGCUUUAGAAAGUUUUACAGAUUUCGAGUUUUGAAUCCUUUCGCAGUAAAAACUAAAGUUAAUAAUAUGGGAGAUGGAACGGUGUUUCUGGAAGUUCAGAUUCAAAACGUAGCAGAGAGAUUAAUGUAUUUGGAGAAGAUGGGUUUUGAACCCGGUGAUGUUUUUAAUUAUCAAGAUUUAAAUUAUGUGAUAUCCGAUGAAGAAAUAGAAGAGAAAGAACUUGUAAAAGUUAAUGGAAAUUUUAAUGAGAAAAUCAAUAAAGAAUCUAAUAUUGAAGAUACUGAAAAUAAUGAAGAUCAAAAUAAUGAAGAUUUGAACGUUAAAAAAGAAGAUGUCAAGUCAACAAAGGUAUCAAUAGAACAAGAAAGUAUUUUUGGAGAGAACAGUUAUUUAAACCCGCAAGAUAUUCGUCAAUACUUAUAUAUGUUAACCCCAAAACCCGAGAUAGAUGAUAAACUUGGUCGGACGACAAAUGCUCUUGGAAAACUUGAUAUUGUCUGGCGUUCAAACCAUGGUGAAACUGGGCGUUUACAAACAAGUCAAUUGACACGUAAACCUCCGGCGUUGGAUGAGAUCGAACUUUCCGUAACAUCCGUUCCACCUUUGAUAGAACUCGAGGUUCCGUUUAAAUUAGGAUGUCGAAUAAGGAAUCGAACAUCAUCUACUUUAAAAGUUGUGAUAACAGCAGUUAAGACUAAAAUGGGUUCUGUAUUACUUAGUGGUCCUUCUGUAACGAAUUUGGGUGAAUUAUCAUCAGAUUCUUUUGUUGAAUUUUCUUUAGAAUUUUUCCCAUUAAGUCCUGGGUUGCAAAGAGUUGGUGGUUUAAAAGUGACUGAUAAAAAUUCUGGUUAUACUAAAGAAAUAGAUCAUUUUACAGACAUUUUUGUUUUAUUUUCAAAAUAG